GUGCCUUAGGCUCAAGUUCUAGUCUGUGUAAUGAAAAAUGGAGAAAAUUAUUUCUAUGAUUUUGUUGGCAACUCUUGUUUUUGUUUUCAGUGAUGGAGUACAUGGAAAAGCUAAAGAUGGAGAAACUCUAUCUGAAAUUGAUAGGAAGUUGAAGGCUCUCAAUAAACCUGCAGUGAAGAGUAUUAUGAGUGAAGACGGGGAUAUAAUUGACUGUGUUGACAUUUAUAAACAACUUUCUCUCGAUCAUCCAGUAUUGAAGAAUCACACUCUCCAGUUGAGACCGAGUAUUGAUCUACCAACUGAGAAGGUGGAUAAAGUAAAUAAUUCUAACCGGCCAGUGGUAAUUCAGACUUGGCAAAAGAAUGGAACUUGUCCAAAGGGAACUGUUGCCAUUCGCAGAAUCCGAAAGGAAGAUCUUUUGAGAGCAGCUUCUCUUGAGCAUUUUGGAAGAAAACCCUAUACAGCUAAACGAAAAGAAGCAUCUAAUAAAAGCAAAUUCAUAAAUUUAAACAACACCAAACUCAGCAAUAAUGAUCUAGAAAUGCCUAACCAUUCGUAUGCAGUUCUGCUUACAGUUGGAUACAACUAUAUAGGAGCUCAAGCAGAUAUAAACGUUUGGAAUCCCGUUGUUGAUUUAGGAGACGACUAUACUACUGCCCAAAUCUGGCUUAAUGGUGGCCCUGGUGACCGUGUCGAAAGCGUCGAGUCAGGAUGGAUGGUAAAUCCCAAGCUAUACGGUGACAGGCGUACACGAUUUUUCGCAUACUGGACUGCUGAUGGUUACGGCAAAACAGGUUGCUUCGACCUCACUUGCACUGGAUUUGUGCAAACAAGCUCCCAAGUAGCCCUUGGCUCGGCCAUUGAUCCCAUAUCCAGUACUCUCGGUCCGCAGUAUCAAAUCACAGUUGGCUUAAACCUGGAUCCGAAAUCAGGUAACUGGUGGUUACAGAUAAACAAUGUAAUUGUUGGGUAUUGGCCAGCAAGUCUGUUUGGUUACCUAAAGCAUAGUGCGAUUUUAGUGAAGUGGGGAGGACAAGUGUAUAGCCAGGCUGUGAAGAAAACUCCGCACACAAGAACUGCUAUGGGAAGUGGAGAAAUGGCAAAUACUCUAAUGGGUAAUGCAUGCUUCAUGAAGAAUAUAAGAAUUAUAGAUUACUCUCUUCAAUCGAAGUACCCUGAAUGGGUAGGCACUUGGGGUGAUGAAUAUUACUGCUACAAUGUAUACAAUGACUUAAGAGACUAUCCAGCAGAUGGACCUGUAUUUUUCUUCGGAGGGCAAGGUGGAAGAAAUCUAUACUGUCAGUGACAAUAGAAUGUAACCGGCUAGAAUAUUUAGCAAAACUAUAUAUAAAUAUUUUCUAUAUAUAAUUUGGAUACACAAA